AUGGAAGAAGAGAACGUAGAGGAGCACGCAGAUCCAGUCCCUCUGCACACCGUACCCCUCGGGCAGUUCAAGCCAGGGUCUGCUUGGGUUAUUCCCGAGGCCACCUACUUUGGGGGCCAGGUAAAACUUGCAGGGGUGAUACAGCGAGUGGAGGUGUUGAGGAACGCCUCUUACCUGUACAUGCACCUCACGGGAACAGACAGCGAAGACAUCUUGAAGAUCCACACAGGGCAGAAGGAUGCAGUCUUCAAGGGGCACAUCUGCGAGCCCGGGGCGCCAGAGGAGGACACACAACGAAGAGCCUUGGGUACUCUCGCUGGAGGGGACCACACCUGGAGGGGAGGACGAGCUUGCCGCCCUGAGGGCCCGGGAGCGGGGCUGGAGGAGGAAUCGAGUCAAAAGGGAAGCAAGAAGGCGAAGAAGAAAAAGAAGCAGAAAGAAACCAGGUCAAAGGAGGAGAAGAUGGCCACAGGUCGCUCGCCUGCCAGGGCCGUCCAGAAGGAAGCAGUCCACCUUUAUGGUGGCACGGCGCUGGACCCAAAGGAAAAGAUUCGCAAGAGGGUGCUCAAGGCGGCGCAGCGUUUUGCCAUCAAGAAGAAGUCCAAGAGGUCAACUUCGAGCAGCGGCACGGGGAGCAGCAGCUCCUCAACGUCAAGCGCCGAGGGGACAACCAGUGUAGAGGGGGUCUUUGGGGAGGACACGAAAACCCGCACACUGGGGGAGAAGUUCCCGGGGGCGCUGAGCAUGGAAACUCUGAUGAUGAUGCGAAGGAGCCUCCUAACCACAGCGGGAGAAAUGGGGGAGGAACAAUCGACGAAACCGGUUGCCCUUCUCUACUUCCGGAAUGUGUUGGGGAGGAGAGCCAGCGGUGCGCAGGCACGAGAGCUCCUAAACCUCUCCUGCGCAAUAGAUGCGCUGCUGAGGUCCAGGCCAGCGCAAGCCUUGGACAUCCUCUGUCAGAGGCUCAAAGCCCAGGAGGCGGUGCUCAGUGGCACCAACUGGGCGGUGGCGCAACGGCUGGAGCUGGCCAGCCCCGACGCGACAUCCCUGAUACCACGUGGAGAACUCCAGGUAGCCAACAGAGAGUCUUACCUGGACUCCCGUGCCAGGUGGCAGUCGCAGAGUACAACAGGGGCGAAGGGCACAAACAAAGGGAAGACAAAAGGCAAGAGCGAUCAGGCAGCCAAGGACGACAAAAAGGAGGGAGCAGAUGAUUUUCCAAUUCGGGAGUGCGGUGAAUCCUCCCAUGCCACCCAGGGCUGUAAAGUCCAGUCCGCAUCUUUGUCGGACAGGGUGAAGAUUUCUUCUAGUGAACCUGGAGGGUUCCACGGUCGUGACUCGGUUACUUUAAAUACCCAGAGCCAUGGCCCUCAGCAGCCGGGCCACAGUGCCAUGGUUGACGAUUUGAAGGCGACUCGUUGCAAAAAAAAAAGUGUUUCUGAUCUGAUGGGUGCCAGGAUCCUGGAGCUUGGGCCAAGGGUUCAGCAGUGGCUGCAAGAGGUUGUGCCACUCCGCAGCCAGCCCAUGGGUAGGAGGGAUAAAGCCACCUUGUUCCCCUUACCUGCCUCUUCUAGCCUCCUGUCUGAGUCCUUCCCCCAGCUUUGUCCCUUGGGUGUUUCCUGGCUAUGUAAUGUCUGUAUGGGUCUUAACUCUCUGUGGGGUGAUGGCCUCACCUUUGAGGGUGAGAUCACUGGCAUUGUCCUGGACUGCUUGAAGCUCAUUGUGACCGAUAUCCAAAGGGUUUGCUCAUUGACAGGGAAGGUGGAUCACUUUGAUUGGGAAAACUUUUUCACCACAAGGUCAAUUGACUAUAAAGGUGAUGAAGUAAAGACCGCCAGGGAGUUUUGCUGGAGCAACAUUGCGCCGGCUCUCCCAAAAGAGAUCGGGCGUGUACCCCUGAGUGAGGUCUGUACGUUGGGUGCCAAGCAUUAUGUGGAAAACUUCGACUGCUACAUUCGCCCUCCACAUCGGUGGGAGCGCCGUCGCGCUCCUAGAGUGAUGGUGCCAGAUCACGCCUGGGCUGAGGUAUGCCAGGGGCUGGUUUCCACGGGGGUAUGUUGUUUCAUCAAAGAGGCUGAUGUUUUUCAUGUAGAUGGUGCACCCUUGCUGAACGGGCUGUUUGGCGUGACUAAGGAUGAGUGGCACGAAGGGCAUGAAGUCUUCAGACUCAUUAUGAACCUUAUUCCUCUAAACGGUAUUGCUGAGCCGUUGCGAGGUGAUGUUGAGACACUGCCCAUGUGGUCCAUGAUGACGCCUUUACAGCUACACCCCGAUGAGGCACUUGUGGUGAGCUCGGAAGAUGUAAGGUGCUUCUUCUACACCAUGGGUGUGGUGUAUCUGGCAGCCCGGGUAUUGCCUAUGGGUUUUGCUAACUCUGUUAGCUUGGCACAGCACGUUCAUCGCAACCUAGCUUUGUGGAGCGCGACGCCCACUACUGAGGGAGCGACUGUGGUCAACCUGCCUCAAGGGGAGAUCCGGAAGGACCGGCCGACAACGGUCGCUAAUCCUUCCUGGCGAGUCUACCUUGACAAUUAUGACCUGCUGGAGCGUGUCAAGUGGGUGGACCUGUCGGAUCUGCAAAGCCACCUUGCGCCAUCGGUCCUAGCAUUGCGGCAGCAGUAUGAGUUCUGGGACAUACCCCGGAACAUGAAGAAGGCUGUUAGCAGAAGCGUAGAGGCUGAGGUACAGGGAGCUCAAGUGGAUGGGGCCCGCGGUGUUGCCUACCCACGCGAGUCCAAGCUCCUGAAGUACUUGGCGGCCACCUUGUCAGUGCUUGGGCAGCGCACAGUCACGCAGCGACAAAUGCAAGUGGUUUGCGGAGGCCUAGUGUAUGUCUCCAUGUUUCGCCGGCAACUCCUUGGGGGCUUAAACGCCGUAUGGAAAUUCAUCACUUCUUUUGAUGAGCAGCGGUCACAUAGGAGACCUCUACCAGAAGCCUGCCAACUGGAGUUGGUGAGAUUCCUGGGGCUGUUGCCGCUAGCACGCCUGGAUUUCCGGUUGGAGUACAACGAGCAAGUCACUUGCAGCGAUGCCUCGGGCUCAGGUGGUGGCAUCUGUGCCUCGACUGCGCUCAGCCCGGCCGGGUGCCUGGCAGCGCAGGGGAAGCUGCGAGGUGAGCUCCCAGAACUUCGUCAGGAACACCAAGUCCUAACUAUUGGGCUUUUCGAUGGUAUUGCCGCUCUUAGGGUGGCUGCUGACCUUCUUGGCCUUCAUGUGUUGGGGCACGUUAGUGUCGAAGUCUCUCCAAGUGCUCAACGUGUUGUGACUUCGCAUUUUCCCGAGGUGAUGCACUACAAUGACGUCCGGGCCAUAAGCGAUGUGGAAGUCCGCCAGUGGGCCCUCGACUUCUCACAGGCCUCCUUGGUUAUCAUUGGGGCGGGGCCGCCCUGCCAAGGUGUGAGCGGACUGAAUGCCAGUCGUAAAGGCGCCCUCCGUGACGAGCGCUCUGGUCUUUUCCCACACGUGAAACGCAUUUGGACUUUGACCAAGAGGUUUUUCCCAUGGUGUCAAGUACACUGCCUCAUGGAAAGUGUAGCCUCAAUGGAUCAAUGCGAUCGAGAAAUCAUGUCGGAAGACUUCGGCGAGGAGCCCUGGGCCUGUGAUGCUGGUACCAUGAGUUGGUGCCACAGGCCCCGCCUGUACUGGAUCAGCUGGUGCCUGUAUCCACAGGAGGGAGCCGAACUGACCUUGGGGAGUGGUUGCACUCCUAACCGAGUGACCCUGACGGCCUAUCAGGACCUCGAGAGCGUUUGCAAAGAGGGGUGGAUCAAAGUAGAGCCAAACCGGGCUUUCCCCACUUUCACCACCUCACGUCCGCGUGACAAACCCGGGCACAAGCCCGCAGGCAUCCGGACCUGCGAGCCGGCGGAUCUGGCUCGAUGUGCACAGGACCGUCAUCGUUAUCCGCCAUAUCAGUAUACCCCCAAAAACCUGUUAAUCAACAAGCAUGACAAGCUUCGCCUGCCUGACAUCGAGGAGAAAGAGUACAUGAUGGGGUUCCCCGUGGGAUAUACCAUGUCCUGCAGCCCAAAGCACGCUCGAGGUAGCGAAGAGCACUUGGACGUGCGCCAUUCUUUGAUCGGCAACUCUUGGAGCAUUCCCGUGGUGGCGUGGCUUCUUGGUCAGUUGUGUGGGCCUUUAGGAAUGCCUAAAAAGCAUUUGGAGCGAGCUACACAGGCAGCACGAGCACAACAGAGACAAAAACUUGGAACGUUACAGGACUUGACGGUCCAGCCAGCCACCAAACAACGCUACAACAAAGCCAUUGACGGUUUCCUUGCCUUCCUAAAGGAGAAUCAGUUACAACUUCCUCGACAGCGUCAGCUUUUGGACCCUAUCCUUUGUGAAUAUCUUGAACAUCUCUGGUCCACAGGGCAUGGCAGGGCCCUAGCCAGUGAUACGGUUGCUGGCCUACAAGACCAUGAUGUUCGUUUGAAGGGUCAACUCCUGGGAGCCUGGAGGCUCCUUAAGACCUGGAGUCAACAUGAAAUUCCAAACAGGGCUCCUCCCCUUCCAGCACACGUCCUCCAUGCUAUGGUUGGGUGGAGCUUCUUCCAUCAGCACUUCACUUUCGGUGUGUCGCUUCUCCUGGGAUACUAUGGUAUGCUCAGGACUGGUGAGAUCCAUGCACUACGAUCCUCUCAGAUUGUGUGUGAGGCUGGUCAGCCCACUGUAGUGCUCUCCCUUGGACUCACUAAGGGCGGCAAGCGUCAAGGCGCGGCUGAAUCCACGGUCGUUGGAUAUGACAUGGUGGUUAAUUUUGUCCAGCACUGGAAGACCUUAGCCUCAGAAGGACAGGGGGACGUGGAAAGAGACCCACAAAUGGAUCACGAAGAGGAUCCUCGAAGCGUUCAAAGCGCUCAAAAAGGUUUGGUGGAGUGUGGUUCCAGACACACGCUCUGCCUGACCUUCGACGGUUUGGUCGUGGGUUUCGGCUCCAACAGCGAAGGUCAGUUGGGCAUCGGCCGACGGAGCGAGGUGGAAGAAACCCCUGUGGCAGUGCAGCUGGGUCCAAAGUGCAGGAAACUGGUGAUCUUUGCCUUGGCAGUGACCAUGGAUCACAGCUGUGCCCUGGCCUUACCAGCACCUGAUCGGCCCGAUCAGCUGAACAGCUACAUGAGCGAAGGCGCUUUGCGGGCGAUGGGUUGUGAGUGGCAUGUGGGCGUUUUGGUUUCAGAUUUGAAAAUCAGCCUCAAGGAGUCUGCAGCCUGCAAGCUGCCAAAGCGUGAGCAAAGCGUGAGCAAUCGUGAGCAGCGCAUUCUUGAUGACAACAUUUCGCGAUACAAAGAAGCUGUUUGCCACGACUUUCACUUCGUGCUCAAGGCCGGAGUUCGGGAGGGUCCGGGAGUGCAGGCCUCGAGGUGA